AGACCUGCCCCUCGCGCACACAUGACAGGACCAGACACUAUAAACACCAUUUGAAUAGGAUAUAAAGAACUUAUUAGGAUUGAACAUGGAGUCAGUGAAUCCAGAGGAGUUCACAGUGGAGGCAGUGGAGAGGGCUCUUCAGCAGCUCUACUAUGACCCUGAUAUGGCCAAGAAGAAUGUGGCCCAGAAGUGGCUCACACAGGCCCAGGCAUCACCACAAGCAUGGCACUUCUGCUGGGCUUUACUCCGCCCAGACAAGCUUCCUGAGAUGCAAUUCUUUGGAGCUAGUACACUACAUGCUAAAAUCUCCCGUCACUGGUCUGAUCUCCCCGCUGGUCAGUUAGACUCCCUACGCUCACAGCUCAUCGCCCAGGUCGGCCAGUUUGCCUCAGGGCCCAAGAUGGUGCUCACCAGACUCUGUGUUGCUCUGGCCUCCUUGGUCCUUCAUAUUUUACUAGAAAUGUGGCCAACUGCAAUCCCAGAUCUUCUAUGUGCCUUCCAAACAGGAGAAGGUGUGUCCGAGGCUGAUGGUCAGUACCGAUGCCUGGCACUUCUAGAACUCCUUGCCGUUCUGCCCGAGGAGCUUCAGAGCAGCAGGAUCCCAGCAUCCCAGCGUUCUCAGCUGAGGACCGCUCUGGCUGUGGAGUGGAACUCUGUCUUCCCACUAUUCCAGCAGUUACUGCAGCGCGCAGAUGCACCCAGUCAGGUCAGAGAGCACGUGCUGAGGUGUGUGUCCUCCUGGCUCACAUUGGACAUUGCUUUGAAAGACAGUGAGGGGUUGUUGCAGGGUUGCUUUUCCCUGCUGAAGGAGUCUGAGCUCUUUGACACAGCUGUGGAGACCAUCGUCAGCAUCAUAUCACAACCUGAUUGUCAGAGGUUUGCAGACAGUCUGAUGAAGAUGGUUCCUCAAGUUCUGAGUCUUCAGGAGCAACUGAAGAAGGCCAUGCAGGAUGGAGACAUGGAGAUGUCUCAUGGAAUCUGUCGCAUUUCUGUAGCUCUGGGAGAAACUCAUUGCAGGACUCUUCUGGAGCAGGUGGAUCAUUGGCAGGGCUUUCAGGCUUUGGUGAACAUGAUUCUGUCCUGCACUGGGAUACCUGGACACUAUCCUGUGGAUGAGACAUCCAGCUCACUUACACUCACAUUCUGGUACACACUACAAGAUGAUAUCACAUCAUUGGAUGGUGAGCGGCAGACAUUCUAUCUACAGCUCUACAGACCUGUGUACUUCCAGCUGGUGGAUGUUUUGCUACAGAAGGCCUGUUUUCCUAGUGAUGAGAACUACGCCACAUGGUCUGCAGAUGACAAAGAGCAGUUCAAAACCUACAGGGUUGACAUCUCAGAUACUCUGAUGUAUGUGUAUGAGCUGCUGGGCCCGGAGCUCCUCAGAAACCUGUAUGAUAAACUAGGCAUUCUACUGACAGAUACAGGACACACGUCCUCAUGGCAAGAUAUAGAGGCUCUGCUGUUUGGCUUUCAGUCCAUUGCUGAGACAGUAGAUGUCAGUUACUCAGAUGUCAUUCCAGGACUGAUUGGUCUGAUUCCUCUGAUCACAGCCAACAGUAUUCAGCUGGCUGAGACCAUCAUGUUCACCAUAGGCUCUUUGGCUGAGUGGUUGGCGGAUCAUUCACUCAUGUUGGUGAGUGUCCUUCCCGUAGUCUUACAAGCUCUGUCCAACACGGAUCUGUCAGUGUCUUGUGUCUCAGCUCUGAAGAGAAUCUGCCGAGAGUGUCGACAUGACCUCCACCCUCACGUCAAUGACAUCUUGGCCGUCUCACAGGGGGUGCUUGUCAAAGACAUCCAUAAAAGCACUCAGUGCAUGUGGCUGAUGCAGGCGCUGGGUUUCCUGCUGUCAGCUGUGCCCAGUGAAGAGAUUCUGGGGAAGCUGCUGUCUCUGGUAACCCCACACAUCCAGCAGCUGGAGAAACUGGCUAAUGAGCCGCCCAGUUCGGCUAAUAAGUUUCCUAUUGUCCACAUCCUUGGCCUGCUGUCCAAUCUCUUCUCCACAUUUGACCUAAAUAAACAAAGUGAAAGAUUGGAAGUCCUGAGACCUGGCCUAACACAGCCACAAAACAACCCGGUGGUGGUUGUCCUACAGCAAGCCUUCCCUCUGAUCCAGACUAUUCUCAACAAGUGGCUGAAUGAAGCAGAAGUUGUAGAGGCAGUGUGUGCUGUAUUUGAGAAAUCACUGAAGACCCUUAUCCAUGACUUUGCACCCCUGGUCACACAGCUCUGUGAGCUCAUUGGUCAGAUGUUCAGCGCUUACCCACAGGCCUCUGCUUUAGACCUCACACGACAGUUAGUUCACAUAUUUGGCUGUGAGAAAGAUAUUUUUUCACCAAUAGCUGCCCUGUUGAAAUUGAUUACCAGCAUCACCAUGUCCAUUUUUCAGCUUGGCUCCAGGGAUCAUCCAGAUGUGGUGGAGUCAUUUAUGCAGCUUCAUGCUCAGGUUUUGCGUAGAAAGCGUGACCUUUAUAUUUCAGACAGUCUUGAUAUCAAAGCUGUUUUCUACUGUGGAAUCUUGUCAUUCAAAUUCCCUGAGACUCCGACACUUAAGGCGACUUGCCUGCUAUUUACGGAGUUGAUCUCUCAUUGUGAAGAUAUUCCUGCUGUAAGGGAAGUGCUACAGGAGGAUGGAAAGUUGCUCCUUCAGACCCUACUGGAGGCAAUUGGAGGUCAGUCUCCACGCAGUCUGGCUGAGGACUUUGCAGAGGUCUUGUUCUCAGUGAGUCGUCACUGUCCCAACGUGCUGACUCUGUGGCUCAGAGAGGUACUGCUGCCCCCUGGCUUCCCCAGCUCACAUCUCACCACAGAGAACAAAGAACACUUCUGCCAACAGAUCCUCAGGGAGCAAGUGAACAAGCGACAAAUGAAGGACAUUGUGAAGGAGUUUGCUCUCUCAAGUCGGGGAAUGCAAGGGACUGAGUAUGCAGCAAGUUAUUAAACAGACUCACCAUGCAAGACCCAGAAUAGAUCUUCAGUUGUCCUUGUUUUAGUAUUCAGGGGUCAAACGUUACACUAAUGACUUGUUAAACCAAAAGUGCACUGUUUUGAAUACAAUCAAGCCAUAAUGUCAACAUGUUAUGAUUGAAAAAGCAACAUGUUUUAGAUGUUUUAAACAAUGAUUUCAAUUUUUGUUAUGUCACAUCUUCUGCAAACAUCAAAGCAGGCAAUGAUUUCAUUGCAAAAAAAAAAAGAAAGAAAGAAAAAAAAGUGUUGAAUUGUUCAGUAUAUUUAGUAUUUUCUGGGUUGUUUUCCAGUCAAAAUAAACAUCCUCAAAAUUUGAUACAUUUACUUGUGAAGCAAAAUUGUGAAAUAGAGCCAUAUGUUUUCACCAAUUAUAUCCUGAAUUAAGUUUAUUUUUUUACCCAAUUGACAAAUAGUUUCUUCUUCUUCUUCGGAUAAACCUAGCUAUAUUUUGUUAUUUGCUUAAAGGGAUAGUUCACCCAAAAAUUUGAAUUCUCUCAUCAU